AUGGCAUUCAGCGACAAGCCGAAAAGGCAUUGGAUCAUUCCACAGGAGUGUCUCUCUCCGGUGGAUUUAGUUCUUGGGAGCAUUCUCAAAUACCCCAACGAUCCGAUUGAUAUACUCAAUCGAAAAGAAGUUGAGCCAAUUGAUCCUUCAGCCAUUAUCAACGAACGGGAGCAAGUUACUAAGAGCUUUACCGACGCGUUGGAUACUGGCUUCAACUCCAAAAUUGGAGCAUCGUCUGUCCUCGCCGCUGUACUGGGCGCCUCGCCAUUCGUUGAAGGGAAUUGGUCCAAGGGCGUAUCCUUCACCAUUGAAGCGAAAAAUGUUCGAGCCCAACGUUUUAUCCCAACGGAGCCUUAUGUUAACAAGGCACUGCGCACCCCGCAAGUAGAUGCCUUUGUUCGCGACUCCUUGUUUAGCGCUCCGGUAUAUAUGGUGGUUGGAAUUUCUAUCGCAAAGGCUCUAUCGCGCACAGCGAGCCGAUCCCGCAACAGAGGCGGAGGUGGAGGUAUGGGAAUAGGGCCGCCAGGCACAGGAAUUGAGGUGUCUGCAGAAUUGACCGCAAACCAUGGAGUGGAGUCAUCCUAUCAUGACUCGGUCGAGGAUGAAGUCGUUUUGGCAUAUCGUCUGCGAAGAUUUCGCUACUCCAAGAGGAAGGAUGAGUUCAGAAGUGCGAAGCAAGAUGAGACCAAGCACACUCGUUACAGCAUGGAAGACAGGAUGCUAAGAUUUGAGGAGGACAAUGAAGAUGAUGACGACGAUAUCUAUAUCCCUGCCUUUUCUUACUUUGAUGGAGAUGACAUCGUUGCUUCGGAUGUGGAAAUGGCAGGAUUUGUGCAAGGUACUGAUGAGGAAGAAUCUGAUAACGCCUACUAA